AUGGGAAGUGCCUUACAAUGUGGGAUCCAAAGAAGACCAAAGAAAAGCAGCACUCAUAAACUGGUUGCUCAAAAAUACUUGGGAAAAUUUGAACAAUUUGAACUGGAUAUGCUUACUCUGAUUUUCAAGGACUUGGCUUCGAGAUAGAGUAAUUCAUUGUUAAGUAGAGAUACAUUCAAUACCUUCUUUUAAAUAAUAGGAUUUUGGGGAGAACAAAUAUUUAAUAAGUUCACAAACAAGCAGGAAGACUAUAUGAAUUUUGACGAGUUUUUGGCAGGAAUGGAAAUGUACAUCAAGUGCUCUGAUGAAUAGCGAAUAGUGAAUUUAUUUCAGCUUUACGAUUUACAAAACCAGAAAGGAAUAGCGAAAAGUGACUUUCUAUAGAUGAUGCAGAAUUAUCCCCAAUAUGAAUUAAAGAAGAUAUGUGAAGAUUAGCUAUUUUUAGAUGAAUCUUUAAUCAUAGACGAUUUUGGUAAUCGACGUAAGCAUCGCCAUAGGAAGUAUAAGAAUAGUGCAGAUCUACUGGAAUUGUCAGUCUAACCAUUUCGGAAACAGAGCUAGAAUAUUUCAGAGUGUUAAUUCGACAGUUCAAAUAAAAUAAUCUCAGAAGGUUAAUAGAGUUGUUUUUCCAAGUAAUCAGAUGCCCUCUUUGUAUAAGACAGUAUGAUCUAGGAAAAUGGAACAACGCAAAAACGAUUUGGAUUGUUAAUAACAGCUUAAGUUGAUGGUUAAAAGAUAGAAAUGUGUGUGAAUUAAAGUGUAUUGAUUAAGAAAUACGUAGACUUGGUGUAUAAGAAUAAGCACGAUUAAUUAUUGUCAUUGCAAGAAUUCUAGGCUUUUAUUGCGAAACAUCCCAACUUAAUCCAACCACUUUAUGCAGCAUUUAACUAUAACAUUUGGGGGAUCACAGAUAAAUAGCCCAACUAUAAAUAACUAAUGUUAAUAAUGUCAGGAGACUUAUAUAGAAUCUCAAAGAAAAAGGAAAUAAAACAGAAGCAUUGCGAACUUUAUCCCCAUGUGCUUUUGGAGUAUAGUAAAAAAGGAGAAGGUCCUUCAAAGGUGAUUUGUUUGUAGGGUUUGAUAAUAGAGGAAAAGGCACACCAAUAGGUUUAGAAGUAUGGAUUUGAAGUAAUGCACGUUGGGAAAUAGUACAAGGUUAAGAGUUAUGAAUGUUCCGAUGAUAAGCAAUUUAGAUUGUGGUAGAAUGCAUUGCAAGCUUAUAACAAGUAAGUAUUACAUUAUUAUUGGAGUGGUGAGAUAAGUAAGAAGUAUUCCAUUUUGGAGAAGAUUGGACAGGGUCAAUCCUCCAUGGUGUAUAAGUGUUAGGAUAAAUAGACAAAGGAGACCUACGCUUUGAAGAUCAUCAAUAAACAACAGAUCUCUUAAAAUUAAGCAGAUGCAAUAAAGCAUGAGGUGGAGAUCAUGAAGUUGAUCAAUCAUCCGUACAUCGUAAGAUUAGUUGAGAGUUUUGAGAAUAAGAGUCACAUCUAUUUAGUUACAGAAUUGAUAAAGGAUGGGGAUCUCUAUGAUUAUGUGGAGGAGAAGAAGUAUUUGGCCGAGGAAGAGGCUGCCUUGGUAUUGUCUUAGUUGAUUGACGCCUUGGAGUCCAUUCAAUAAAUGGGAAUUGUACAUCGAGAUAUCAAACCAGAGAACAUAAUGAUAGUGUUGAAUUAGAACACUAUCAAGCAGGUGAAGAUAAUUGAUUUCGGAUUUGCCAAUUAUUUAUCCAUUCUGAAUGAGAGGAAAGAGAACUUCGAGUGUGGGACCAUGAAUUACAUUGCACCUGAAGUAUAUCAAUAAUGCAAAGAAUUGACAUCCAAAAUUGAUAACUUUGCCUUGGGAGGAGUGCUCUAUUUCAUGCUCUGUGGUUAUGCACCUUUCUAUUCAGAAAUAGUCUUGGAAAUCAAGGAGAAUAUUCUAGAUGGCAAUUAUGAUAUUCAAGAUGAGUUCUGGCAAUGUGUAAAUGAUGAUGUGAAAGAACUCAUCGCUGGAUUAUUUGAAGUAGAUCCACUCAAAAGAUUUUCACUCCAAUAAGUGAAGGAGCAUAUUUGGAUGAAGAAAUUCCUGGAGAAACGCAAAUCAAAAAAGAAAUGA